AUGUCUUACGAGGAAAUGGACAUGUUGGCUGAUGUGCUACCCACAAUGUCAAAAUCUGCCCAAGCAACAAAUUAUGCUGAAUUGGGCGAAAGUAAAGAUUCGUAUGGUAACGAAUAUCGCACGAUUUUGAAAAGUAGCAAAUACGCCGGGUUGAAAGUUUCACACCAACCAACAAGGACAACGAUAUCGAUGAUCCAGAACCUUCUACGCACGUUACCCCACCUGCAGCGAGUGAUUGUUGGUCGGAAUCUUUCGAUAAAUUUUAUAUCAAUAAGAAUUAUGAUUGGAAAAGAAUAGCCAAUAUUAUUCGUGAUUUCUGUUGUGAUGCGUAUAAUGCCUUAAAUUCCUCUAACUCGACGGCCAUUGACGUAAUACCCCCAACACCAACACCCACAACACCUGUUGAACAAAAGCAGUUGGAUCCACCAAAAAAGCGAAAGAAUAACGCGACUAAAGGUGGUGCUGAGACGUCAAAGAAGAAGAAAACCAAAGUUGUAUUGUCCCCGGACAAUGAGCGUGAAAAUGAGGUGAGGCCAAAAUUUAAAAUUGCACAAGACCGCGCUACAAAAAUUAUAAUGAUGUAUAUGUGUAGGUAUAAGAAAGAUUGUGAAGAAACAAUUGCACAAUUUGGUAAGGAAAUGUAUGAACUGUGUCCCUACCCAUGA